CUUGUCUCUUAACAUAGUAACGGUUACAUCAUAACUCAUCAAUAUAUCGAUUUAUUUAGCUCAAAGUCAAAUAUUGAACCUCGAGCAGUUUUUGUUCACUUCUCUUCUUAAGGUCGUCAGGACAUUUCUGCGCAUCACGAUUCAGGAUAUUUAUUUGGUGGGCGGGGCUUCACGCUAUUGGCUGAAGGUGUGAAGUGAACCUCUGGUGAAGUAUAAAUCGAGUGGUCUCGCGCACACGUGUGUUUGAUGUUAAGCUGCAGACAUGAGUUUUCUCAAAGAGAUGCUGCCUCGGGCUUUCAGGAUGUCUGGCAGGUGCAUGUCGUCUCUACUCAGGUGUGUGGACAGCAGGUGGUCUGACGUCAUUCUUCAUAAAGAGCUGAAGACGCUGGAUGAGAUGCCCGGACCUUCAGCUGCAGGAUUUAUCUGGGAUCUGUUCUUCAGACGCGGACUGACGCGACUCCAUCAGCUCCAGGUGGAGGGCAGGAGACAGUACGGACCCAUGUGGAAAGCAAGUUUUGGACCGAUCCUGACUGUUCAUGUGGCCGAACCAGAACUGAUCGAGCAGGUCCUGAGACAGGAGGGACAACAUCCAAUGCGUUCAGAUCUUUCAUCCUGGAAAGACUAUCGGCAGCUCCGAGGACAUGGAUAUGGACUUCUGACUGCUGAAGGUGAGGAGUGGCAGAAUGUGAGAAGUGUGUUGGCGAAACACAUGUUACGACCUAAAUCUGUAGAGUCUUAUGACGGCACGCUGAACUCUGUAGUGGACGAUCUCAUCGAGAAACUGAAGCUCCGCAAGCGAGAAAACUCUGACGGUCGCAUCAACGACAUCUCGGCUGAAUUCUAUCGCUUCGGUCUGGAAGGAAUUUCCUCAGUGCUGUUUGAGUCCAGGAUUGGUUGUCUUGAUCCGGUCAUUCCCGUUGAAACCGAGCGUUUCAUUCAGUCCAUUAACAGCAUGUUUGUCAUGACUCUUCUCACGAUGGCUAUGCCUGCAUGGCUUCACCGGCUCUUCCCCAAACCAUGGGACACAUUCUGUCAUUGCUGGGAUUAUCUUUUUCAUUUCGCAAAACUACAAAUUGAUCAGCGUCUUAAAGAAGAAAGCGAGCGAAUGGCACGAGGAGAGAAGAUCGAGGGCCGAUAUCUGACAUAUUAUCUGUCUCAGGCUGGAAUGAGUAUAAAAUCUGUCUACAGUAAUGUCACUGAACUGCUGCUUGCUGGCGUCGACACGAUCUCCAGCACAUUGUCAUGGUCAUUGUACGAGCUGUCUAGACAUCCAGAGAUUCAGAAUGAACUGCGGGCCGAGGUGUUGGGCGCACUGAAGGGUCGUACCAUCGCUAAAGCAUCAGAUGUUACCGCAAUGCCUCUUAUGAAGGCUGUAAUAAAGGAAAUCCUCAGGCUGUAUCCUGUCAUUCCGGGAAACGCUCGAGUCAUCCCAGACAGAGAUAUUAAAGUCGGAGGAUACCUUAUCCCUAGAAAUACUCUCAUCACUCUCUGCCACUAUGCAACUUCUCACGACUCCAAACAAUUCCCCGAGCCGGAGGAGUUUAUACCUCACCGCUGGUUGAGCCGAAGCGAGGGAAGCCAUCCUUACGCCUCCAUCCCGUUUGGAGUGGGCAAACGCAGCUGUAUCGGUCGACGAAUUGCUGAAUUGGAAGUCUACCUGGCUCUUUCUAGGAUUUUGGUGCACUUUAUUGUGGAGCCUGCAGAAGAGAACGAUAGAGUUAAUCCAAUGACCAGAACGCUACUGGUCCCAGAGAGAGAGAUUAACCUUCGUUUCAUUGAGCGAUGAGCUAAAGGUCACUGUCCCAUGAGCAGGACACCAUGUGAAAGAACUGACCGUCUCUGAUGUUAAGAUCCAGAGAUUCAGGAGAACGCUUGGACCCUUCGGCAAAAUGAAGGGAAAGCGGCCCGAGGACAGCACUGGGGACAUGUCGUCUGACACGCUGACUGUGACUAGACACUUCAAAACCUCAUGCAUAUUGUCACAGUCAUGUCUUGUGUUUCCCUGUCCUGUGCUCUUAUUUUGAAGUUACUGUAUGUCUUUGUCAUCAAUGUCUGUAGUUAUUGUGUUCAUUGGUCCUUGUGCUGAUUGUUGUGUGUCUUGUUACCCUUGAUUACCAUGUGUAUAUAUAUUGCCCUUGUGUUUCAGUUGUCUUUUGUCAGUCGUUGUAUGUGGUUCAUCUGGUUUGGAUUGUUUAUUUCUGUUAUCUGUUACUAUUUUGUAUCACUGGUUGAUAUUAAUUAAAAUGCAGUUUUGUUUGGA